ACUGGGUACAACUGUACGAUACCCUGUCCUAAAGGAUAUUAUGGCAGAGGAUGUAAGAAAGAAUGUAUUUGUGACAACUGUGAUAGCAUGACCGGUGUCUGUCCUCAACAGAAAACAUCAAGAAUUUCCUUGGUCUCUAUGGCUAUUUUUCUAGCGGCUGGAAUUAUGUUUGUUGCUGCAUUAGUGGUUUGUCUAUUUGUGAAGAGAUCUUCAAGGAAAAUGUCGUCGAAUUCAUAUAAUAAUUAUAUGCCUGAAAGUUCCACCCCUGCCGAUUUAGCGGUUCAAAGCUACGCAAGAGUUGAGGAAAACGUGUACCACGAAUGUGAGCCACUUUCCUUAAAUUACAGUGAUCCAACUUAUCAAGACUCUGAAGGCCAUUACGAUAGAUAUAAUAUCCCUGAAAUUUUUCUCCGAAAGAAGGCAAAGCCAACAAUUCUCUCUAUCCUUAUGAAUGCAAAUAGAAGUUCAGAAACUAAUGUAAUGAACAGAGGAUAUUUACAUGUUAUUGACAUAGAAACACACACAACAGAGUCAUCUGGAAUUGGACAAAAUCCACCACCACAACAACCGGCAGAAGCAGCGGAAGCACUACCACCACCGUCACCAGCAACACCACAACCACCGCUACCAGGGACAGCGGUAGAGACAGCAAAAUCACCACAACCACCACCAACACAUAAACGACCAAAACCAAGUCAACUCCAAAAAGCGAAAGACGCACUAUCACUGGCAAACAAAACAGCAAGAGAACCACGUUCUACAUCUAUAAAACAAAUGAUAGAAUUAUUUGACCCUAAACACAAUUUCUAAGAAUAAAUGUUUAUUUACUGUUAUUAAAAUUCUCUUUCCAUUUUUAUACUUCUUAGUUUGAAUAGAAAAAAUAAUAAAUUUCAAUAUUGCUGCCUCGAAUUGUAUCUAAAUGUUUGAUACUAUGUGUGCAUGCUGCACAAACAUUAUUUUUG